CCCAAAAUCCUUCCCUGUGAUGGGAAAAAAUACUCAAACAAUCCCCAGCUGCCGGCAGUUGGCGCAUCACCUGCGUGCUUGAAGGCACCGGUCAGACAGUAGGAGGCGAGCAGCCAACCGGGACCUGCUUCCAUUUUUCCUGACACUUGGCUUUUGAAACAGAGGGGCCCAAGCCGGGAAAAGUAGGAUGGGGGCCGGAGCUAGCGCCGAGGACAAACACUCCAGGGAGCUGGAGAAGAGGCUGAAGGAGGAUGCAGACAAGGAUGCAAGGACCGUCAAGCUGCUGCUGCUAGGGGCUGGAGAAUCAGGCAAGAGCACCAUCGUCAAACAGAUGAAAAUUAUCCACAAAGAUGGUUAUUCGCUUGAAGAAUGCUUGGAGUUCAUCGUCAUCAUCUACAGCAACACCCUGCAGUCCAUCAUGGCAAUCGUGAAGGCCAUGAACACACUCAACAUUAACUACGGCCACCCCGAUCAACAGGACGAUGCCAGGAAACUGAUGCAUCUUGCAGAUACCAUUGAGGAAGGAACCAUGCCCAAAGAAUUGUCAGACAUCAUUCUGCGUCUGUGGAAGGAUUCUGGCAUCCAGGCCUGCUUCGACAGGGCUUCAGAGUAUCAACUCAACGAUUCAGCUGGAUACUACCUCAAUGACCUGGAGCGGCUGAUCCAACCAGGCUAUGUGCCCACCGAGCAGGAUGUGCUGCGAUCAAGAGUGAAAACUACUGGUAUCAUUGAGACUCAAUUCUCCUUCAAAGAUCUUAACUUCAGAAUGUUUGAUGUGGGAGGCCAGAGGUCAGAGAGAAAGAAGUGGAUUCAUUGUUUCGAAGGUGUCACCUGUAUCAUCUUCAUUGCUGCUCUGAGCGCCUACGACAUGGUGUUGGUGGAGGAUGAUGAAGUGAACCGAAUGCACGAGAGUCUGCACUUGUUCAACAGCAUCUGCAACCACCGCUACUUCGCCACCACUUCCAUUGUACUCUUCCUGAACAAGAAGGAUGUGUUCAUUGAGAAGAUCAAGAAAGCUCAUCUCAGCAUGUGCUUCCCUGAGUACGAUGGGCCCAAUACUUAUGAGGAUGCUGGCAACUACAUCAAAGUCCAGUUCCUGGACCUGAACUUGCGCCGAGAUAUAAAAGAAAUCUACUCGCACAUGACCUGUGCCACAGACACAGAAAACGUCAAGUUUGUGUUUGACGCUGUAACCGACAUCAUCAUCAAAGAAAACCUGAAAGACUGCGGUCUCUUCUAAGAGCCCAGAGCAAACUAAAUGAAGGGUAGUGUCUUAGCCCUGUCACAUUCAGAUUCAAACAGGGGAAUGAAGAUGAAGACAGUCCAGUCAAAAAGUCAUCCUCCAACCAGUGAAUGCAAAAAGAAAAAUAACAUUUAAUUUGCUGUGUUAAAAAUUAAACUUGUAGCUUUGACCAAAGACUCCUUGUCACUGAGACAUGAAAAUGAUCCCAUGCAGAUUUUAAGAUGAGUUGAAUUUUUUUUGUCAAACUUGUCUCAUUAGCUCAUCUUUGGAGAGAACUGCAAUCUGUAGCUUUUGUCUGCAUAAACUGAUUUCUUUUCAGAUGUACUCAUGAAUAGACGCAGUGUCUCCAAGCUCAAGUAAUCAGACAGCAUACAAUUAAAGGGCUAACAAGAUGGCCUCAACACCUGCAUCUGCACUUCAGCAUCAGUUAGACUUUAAGAUGAAUUGAAAAGGCUUUUUCUAAUGAUACAAAACAGCACAAUUUGUAACACCAGAAGAUGAUAAAUUGAACUUCUGAGAGAAGCAUUAGAUUUUUUUUGGUUUGUUUGUUUUAUUGCAGUAGUUGAAAAAGGGCCAUUGUACAUAAUUAAUCAGAUUUCUAAUGGUGCAUUGUAAGUCUGUUAAUCUAUAAACUGUUAAGCUAGAUAUUAAUUUCACCACAAUUUGAAUCUCCCUGUCUAAAAGCAUUUGAAACACUUAUCUGUACUAAAAUUCAGAGAAAUAUUUAAAAAAUGUACAGAUUUGAUUAAAUGUAUUAAAGCUUCUGUAGAAAACUCAA